AUGGCGGUGGUCCGACUGGUGAAUGGAAUUGUGGACAGAUCCAAAGCACAGAAGAUGAGCAUCCUGGAACGUGCACAGGGACUUGAAUGGCCACAAUUCUUCGUUGACAUCCGGCAUGAUGCUUCUCACCAGAAUCUACCCUCCUUGCCAGUGUUGCGGCUGGCAGCACAAGAGGCAGUUUGGCUUCUGGUUGAGCGCUUUUGGCGGCCACAGCUGCAUCAGAUUGAAGAGAGAGGUGCUGCAAAGACACCGCGAACAGACAGGGUGCGGGCUGCUCGGACUUUGGACCGGCGGUUGAAGGCUCUGAUCUUCUCAAGUGCUUCAGCUGGCAGCACCUUCUCACAGCCCAAAACCAAGAAAAGGAAGCGAGGCAAGGAUAAAGCCCGUCAGCGGCAAGAAGAUUUGCAGGAUGGCAGCUGUGCAGUCGAAGCACCAGCAGCCCGCGAACUGGCGGAAGAGCUGUCAGGGAUGGCGCCUGAUGAGGGCCGCUUGCUUUCACAGAUCUUUGAAAGUGUGAUGGCGAAAGAACCUCAUGCUGAUCAAAGAGAAGCGAAAGCCUUGCACUUGCUGUGUGAGACAUGCUCCGAAAACUUUGCCUUGCGCUUCAUGCGGGAAGUCCUGUGUCGGGCAGCUGGCCUGGCAAGGCCCAAGCUCGCCUUGGCACCUGACAACUGUCCAAGUUUGCGGAGUAUUUCUGAUGGGUUCUAUCAGUGCGAGGUGAAUCCGGAGGAGGUCUCUUUUGAGGAGUCCGACCGGAUGCUGCUCUGGCUGUGGUCCUUGCUGUCCCUGCCACUGCCGGAGCCAACUUCGAGCAGGCUGCAGCAGGCGUUGCGCAGCCUUCUCCCAGCUCUUCGGCAGCGCAUUUUUCAGCAGAUGGCAACGACCAGGGAGCGGAGCUUCGAGGCAGCAUCGCGAGCCUCCAAAUUGUGGCGUGCCCUGCAAAGUGAGGGCAUGGAUGAUGGAGCGGACACCUUUGUAUCCUUAUGCGAGGUGCUGGAUAGAGGUCAUGGUCUCGAGACUGAUCCACCAGGAGGACUUGAGAAGAUGGAAGAGCUCCUGAAAAAGCAUCAAAACAAAGAAUCUGCGCUUUGUGGGCAGCGUCCUGCUUCCGAUUCAUGGACUGCAGUGGGCACCAUCUUGGACCAUGAGACCCUGAACAUUGUUUGUCGGGAGGAGCAUUCAGAUGAAGUCUUUCUUCCAGCCAAUGCCAAGCAAACUUGGCUGGAUUGGGCAGCAACCGAGACAGAUGAAGCGGUUGAUGGAGAGCUCAUCGAUUUCUCCACCGAAAUUCCAGGGCAUUCGAGUUCAGUGAACAGCACCGAGCCUCCGGAAGUGGUGGAAGCUCCCAGCGAAGUGGCGACUCGCAGAGAGGUUGCCUCAGAGGCGUCUGCGCACGAUUCCAAGCCUAUGGGUCCUAUGGAUGUGGGCCAUAUCCCGGCCGAUCUCCCGGAUCUCCCAGAUCUCCCAGAUCCAGCCCCUCCAGCGGAAUCGAUCACUGCCGAGCGCUUCCAGACAUUGGCCAAAGAGUUGAUGAAGCAGGUGCUGCAGCCCUGGAAAUGA